GAGAAUUCUCGAGGGAAAAAAAAAGGAUGUCUUGCCCGACCAAUAAUUCAUUGGCGUCCAUAUUUCGUAUUCGUGCAAGGCUUCUUCUGCGUGAUCGAGUACGCAGGAUGAGUGGUGAUGAUGGUGGUGGUCCCUCCAAGAAACGGCGUAUUGACAAAGAACUUACCCGAAUGCUCAGGCUCCGGGAAGAGCUGCAAGCCCCCGACCAGGAACCGGAGAGCCAGAGAACCGAGGAACAGCAACAGCAGCAGCAACAAACUAUGACUCGACGACGACUACGGCAUCGAUUACCGGAACAGCAACGAUGGCAUCCAAGCAAUUUUGCCGAACUUUCUUUGGUUACAGGUUACUUUCGUGAGUUUUUAUUUAAAAAUAAUAAUAUGCGAUUUUUUGGUUGA